UACAGGGAACUGGGACCAGCAGCAGCGGCUCCGAACUAGUGUGCAGGGACAGACAGAUCAGCUGCAGCCUUUCUACUGCUCACCUGCUGAAGGUGACCCACAACACCAGCCGCAGCUCCCCAAGUCAUCGACUCGCUUUUCUCUUUCUUUCUCAGAGUGAUUUGGCGUGAACCACUUCAAUCACAGUGAAGUUCAGAUGCUCCUUCUACAGCCAGCUUUCUUGCAGUCUUUCAUGUUUCCACCAAGAAAAUGCAACGCCUCAGGUCACACACUUUCGAAGGAGAUAGAACAAGGCGGCUGGAUGUAGAGAUGCGUGCGUCCAAGCGUGCAGAAGCCAGGCUCCAGAAUGGACUAAACAAUUUGGAGGAAGCAAGAUUUUAUUGCAUUGAUAGAAUGAUCAAAGAACAAAGGCAGAUCCAGAGAGACCUGAUAAGAAUAAAAAAUGGUUAUUCCAAGAAGACAUUAGGAAAUCUCAGAAUGCUGCAUCCAGAUAAUAGCACUUCAACCAGAGGAAAGUCUGGCUUGAGCAACCUCAUUUUACCCAGCAUUCCGGGUGUGAAGAAUCACGCUGUCAUACUGGAGACAGAAAGAAUCAGGACACAAAGCUGUUACCCUGCAAAGGCUGGCAGGAUUGGGAUGCCACCCAGUGCCUCUCUUGCUUUGCAGACACAGAUAAAUGACUUCCUCAAUGGGUUGAGCAGCAAGCAGGAGAAGUCUGAUGGGCACUCGGGCGCAGAGCAGACCCAGCCUGUCACGCCAUCUGGCAAGCUCAAAACCGAAACCUCAAUCAACAGCAUCAAGUUGUCCUCCCUGAAGCACCCCAAUGCCAAGCACGUGAGUGUUCUUGAGAAGCCAGCAGUCCUGGAUGAAGCCAGUGGGAGAGAAAACCAAAGGGCACAUGGCCAAACAGAGCAGGAAGCGAGCAAUGUUGAGUCAGAUAGCAGCGAUCAGGCCCAAGGGCAAAUCAGAUCCAGGGAGUCCACGAGCAGCCCACAGCUGUCAGCUUGCGAUGGAAAUCCCGGAUACGAUUCAGAGUUUUAUGCUCCGGAUGGGUUGCCCAGAACCAUGCACACCAUGCCCAGUUUUCUGGAGGCCUUUGCCGAAGCGAAGAAAGCGAGGUACAUCAGGCACCGGGUCAAAACCGAAGAUGAGAGGGAACUCUCGAUCAGCGAAAUCUUUGCGAAGAGAAAGGUCCUUGAUCGACAUAACGCUGUCAAAGAGGUGGAAACCAACAAGGAAAAGCUCUUCCCAGGAAUACAUGCAGCUUAAAGGAACAUUCAAGGAUCUAUUAAAAGAAAUGAAAAUAAAUUCCGUGCCAUAAUGACAACGUCCUCCUUUUGUGAGAUAGUCCCAAAAUAUGCAUGGGUUUCCAUUGCAGUGGUUGAGUUAGGAUAAUGCCCUGUUCUCCAAUUUUGACCCUGCCAGGGACCUUGCAAGGGGCAUGGGAGGGCAUCUUGUUAGCUUGGCACUAUCAGGUAGAAGUAUGACCAGACACCCCAAAUGAAAGAUGUCAAGUAAAGUUCCCUUUUGACCCAUGCACUGGUUCAAUCAUCCCCAACCAAGAGGAUCGAUUUUGUGUUUCAUAGAGUGAAAAAAAUUGCUCCCUUGAGCCUCU